UGAGCCAACAAUUCGCAAAAGCAGCAGCUGCGACGUCGACGUCGGCAUUGCGCAUGCGCAGCUUUUGUAUAAAAUGCGCGGCGCAGUCGAAAGCGAAAUCAGUGAAUAAAUCGCCUACAAACGAAGCAGACACACAGCGAGCGGUGCAGUGGUGCAGUGAUAGGAUAAAAGCAACCACUUACAUAAGGAUUACAACAAACACAAACACACAUUGGAAUAUUUAUAAUAAAAAGACGCCACACACACACAAUGAGAAUGAGAAUGAGACAUGGUCUGACUUGGUUGAUGGUGCUGGCGGCUAGCGUUACGCUAAUUGCCGCCGAUUCGAACUGGGGCAACGAAUGGGCGCCCAUGGACACAGACUCCAUGCUGAGCAGACGUUCCGCCGACACAAAACCCGCCGAGGAGACGCAGGGCCGCAACUAUGCCGUGCAUGAGAGCACUCAGAGCAAUGCCACGGAGAUUGACACCGUCAUCGAUCAGCUGAUUAACUCCCGACGCGAAGGACGCAAUCUGGGCGAAUAUGAUGCUGUAUAUGCGGAUGGCAAUAUUGACCAGGCGCUCCAGGAAGGCAACGAUAUGCAGGCACGCAAUCUAAUCCGCGACAAGCUUUGCGGUCUGGGUCUGAUGAGCUGCGAUGUGGAGGAGAAGCGUCCUUUCUACUCGACCAUCUACGCACAAGGACCACCACCACCAUCUGGCUUUGGCGGCGGCCCCUAUGGACCAGCUAAACCCAUGCCACCACCAAGCUAUUUCAGUGGACGUCCGCCAAUGGGUGGUCCACCACCCAGCUCAGUGAACUCCUUCGGACCACCACGCAAGGUUGGCUAUGAGGGUUCAUAUAAGCCGCCCAUGAACAGUUUGUACAGACCAGGCGGUCAGUUCGGCGGUGCCUAUCUGGAACACCCACCACCAUCGGCAAUUGAUGGCUCUGAUGGCAUUACCUACUCCAAGCCUCCACCUGGCGCUCUCAUCUAUGACAGCAAACCACCUGGCCCCCUUUAUAGUGGCCCGCCUAACGGUCCUGCGUCCGCUCUUCCGUCCGGUCCUCUCUACAAUGGUCCCUCUAAUGGAGUGCCUCCGUACAAUUUUGAGAAUCCAGAAAAGAUUCAAGGUGCCAGCUCUACUCUGAAUGGCUUCUAUGCACAACAAUCGUCCUCAUCUUCAGCCGCCUCCUCGUCCAGCACCAAGGUUGUUGUGGGUGCACCCAUCGAUGCGGGUCUGCAGCAGCAUGUCCAUCAUCACUUCCAUCACGUCGAUGGCGGCGAGGGUGCCAAUAUUCCAAGUGUGCCUAUUCCCGUUGGCGGCGGACAAACCGUUAACACCGACUUCAGCGCCCUGGCCCAAUCCUCAGCCACCUACACACCCCAGGCUCAGGCUUCCAGCUCAGGCUUCUCACAGUCCAAUGCCUUCAACGCUGGCUUCAAUAGUGCUUCCCAGGGUGGUCUGCUCUCCCAGGGCUAUCCCUCUCAGAAACCAAAUGGCGAUUUGUAUAAGCCUACAUCCGGCUUGGGCAGCUUCGGCAGCAGCUCCGGUUUGUCACAAUCCGGCGGUUUCGGCCAGAAUGGUUUCAGUGGCUCGCCCAGCGGCAGCUAUCACAGCCAGAAUCCCGACUACUACAAGAAGGAGCUGCAAGGUGGCGCCUCUAGCAACUACAAUGGCCUCUCCUCAGGAUUCGGUGGUCAAAACCAGGGUGGCUUGUACCAGGGCGCCGGUGGCUAUGACACUUCCCGUCAGCAAAUCGUCGACUGCCAGUGCGUGCCCAUUUCUCAGUGCCCUGCCGCCGAUCGCAUUGGCCGCAAAGAGGAUCUGAUUCUGCCCAUUGAUCCGAGAAAUCUGGGCAAGGACAUUGAAGCGCUGAGCGAUGAUGCUGCCCCCAAUUCCAAUGCUACUGUUAAGGCUGACGCCAAGGAGGACAAGAAGGAUGAGGAAGAAAAGAAACGCACACGUCGCCAAACCGAUGCUGACAACAAGGAGGAGGACAACAGCGAUCUCUCAUUGGAUGCCCAAGGGCGUCAGGGACUACUCGGACCAUCUCCGCUGGCUUUGCCCGCCCUCCAAGCCAUUGAGCUCAUACAGCGCAAGGUUCUGCCCACAUAUGGCGUUAGUUUCGGCCUGCCCUACCCUUCGGCUGGCAACCCGGGCGGCUAUCCAGCCAAUGUCUUGGGUGAUUAUUAUCCCGCACAGAAUCCAAACUUUGGAUCCUUGGGUCCCAACGGUCUGAAUCUGGGUCUAGUCAAUGUCAAUCCUCUGGUCUCGCUGCAAGUGAGCAAAACGGAUUACGGCGAGAAGGUAGUCAAGCCUCUGGUCAAUCUCCAUGUGACACCCAAUACGAAUAUCAUUCAGAAAGUGGGCGAUUUCUUCAAGAAGAAACCCACCGAACUCUACAGCACGCAUUACCAUCACCACGAUCACUUCAGCGGCUACGAACAUGAUCACCAUCCGCACCACUAUAGCGCACCGUCGCACCACCACGCGUUCGAAAGCACCGGACCGGCACACAUUGAACACUUUAGCGUUGAGAUGGUGCCCAGCACGCCCAUUUUUGAGUAUCACAGUGGACCCUCAUUGUAUCCGCCCGUACAGCAUUAUCAUCACGAUGAACAUCACGCGGAACAUCAUGCUGUACAUCACGCUGAGCAUCAUGCUGAGCUUCACUCAGAGGCCCCAUUUGAUCACUCCUUCAACUCGAUUUAUCCCGAGACUUCGCACUCCGAUUUUGGUUCCAGUGGAUUUGGCAGCUAUGGGGAUUAUUCCCAACAUCAUGAGCGUAGCGUGAAUGUCAGCGCGCCCGAUUGGACGGCACCUAGUCGCCGUGGCAAGCAAUUGAAUUUGGGACAAGUGCAUAAUAUACCCACUCAAGCGCCUGGCGCUGCAACGGGCAGUGAUUAUGUGACCUUUCCCCAUGAUCGCAGGCGAAGAAGCGUGGAUAAUGUGGAUGAGUCUGAGUUGGGAACAGAGCAGCGCGCUUACUACGGCAACCGUCCUGUUGAGAAGACCUGCCGCAUCAACGAGGUCUGCUGCCGCCGCCCACUGCGCCCACAGGCACCACCUCAGCAACAGCUGGGACGUUGUGGUGUAAGGAACGCUGCCGGCAUAACAGGUCGCAUCAAGAAUCCAGUUUAUGUCGAUGGCGACAGUGAAUUCGGUGAAUAUCCCUGGCAUGUGGCCAUACUGAAGAAGGAUCCCAAGGAGUCGAUCUACGCCUGCGGUGGCACCCUCAUCGACGCCCAGCACAUCAUCUCGGCGGCCCAUUGCAUUAAAUCUCAAAAUGGUUUCGAUCUGCGCGUGCGCCUGGGCGAGUGGGAUGUGAAUCAUGAUGUCGAAUUCUUCCCCUAUAUUGAACGCGAUGUUGUCUCCGUGCACAUUCAUCCCGAGUACUAUGCUGGCACGCUCGAUAAUGACCUGGCUAUUCUGAAGCUGGACCACCCUGUCGACUUCACCAAGAACCCGCACAUUAGCCCCGCCUGUCUGCCCGAUCAGUAUUCCGAUUUCACCAAUGCCCGCUGCUGGACCACUGGCUGGGGCAAGGAUGCUUUCGGUGAGCACGGCAAAUACCAGAACAUACUGAAGGAGGUCGAUGUGCCCAUUCUGUCGCAUCAUCAGUGCGAAGCCCAGCUGCGCAACACGCGUCUUGGCUACAGCUACAAGCUCAAUCCCGGCUUUAUCUGCGCCGGCGGCGAGGAGGGCAAGGAUGCCUGCAAGGGCGAUGGCGGCGGUCCAUUGGUCUGCGAGCGCAACGGUGUCUGGAACGUGGUCGGUGUCGUCUCCUGGGGCAUUGGUUGCGGUCAGGUGAAUGUGCCCGGUGUCUAUGUUAAGGUCUCUGCCUACUUGCCUUGGAUUCAGCAAAUCACGCAGAGCUACAAAUGAUUAACAGACGUCACCACAGAGGCACCCACAAUCAACGCCUACCACGCGGGGGGCAGCAUAAGAAAUGACGACGCCUCUGAUCAAUUCGUUUUUCACUUUUGAGCAGCCAUUUCCUUAUGUAACACCCGUCACUCGCUCGUGUUUGUUAGCCCACUCGAAUUACUGUUACCGCUCGUUACCAUUAUUUACUGUACGUUUAGGCCUCCUUAUUACCUUGUUAUUAUAUUUUUUUUAUUGUUAUGACCCACAAACUCUUUGUCACACUUGUCGAGCUCAGACUCGAUUGUUCAAUAAGU